CGGUAUGAAAGGACAUAACAAGGGAUCUUUAAAUCUGUACAAAACGCCUCGAAAACCAAGACAUUUGGAAUCACUUGCAUUAUAAACACUUAAUUGGAUGCACAGAAGGAAGUAACAGGGAUCACUUUCCUUUUUGAAAUUGUUCUUCACACCUUGCUAUCAUUAUGGACUCCUCUCCAGUCCUUCGUCAGCAAAAUCUGAACAAAAACCGCAGUGACUUUCUGAGGAUGAAGAAUGAACAUAACAAAAUGCCAGCACCACAAAAGUCUUCCAAACUCAUGUCCGCACCUCACGUUUCCAACCGGGAUAUCGAAAACCAGGAUCCAGGAAACUCAGAGAUGGGCAGGAAGGCACCUGUGCGACCAGGUGGAAGUAGGCUUCCGGUGCUUGCAAAGUCCCUUCAUCUUCAGGCUCCCUCUGACUUCAGCCAAUCUCACUGCAGAUGGGAGGAGAAACCUCUGGCUGGGAAAGCUAAGAAGAAAAAGCCAUGCACCAGGCCCAUACCUUUCAACCUAUCUCAACCUAAGAGUUCAAGAACGGCCACUGAAAAUCAACAGCCUGUAACUGUCUCACAGUUAAGGACUGGCACUCGUGCUAUCAGACCUGACAACACUAUGUGCAAUUCUCGCCUAAUAACCCAAAACAUAAUUGGAAAACCUCUUAAAAAUCCAGCUUUGUUAAACAGCAAGGCGGACUCAACCACAGGUACAGGGAAGUCCAAUGGAAAGGCUACACAAAAUACAUCCGAGCUCUCAGGAGAGUCUGGUCCUUCCCAGACAUUUAAGACUUCAGCCACUUUUUCCAACCAUCUUUCAUCCUUUCCUAAUAAUGCAAUGCAUCCAAACAGAGCUACUUCUUCUGCACAGCAUGCUCUUAGUGCAGAGGCCUGUUUGGAUAACAUGAACCUGCUUAGUCUCAAAGAUCCAACCAAGACGUCCCAAAACAUGCAGCUGACCAGGCAGGGCAAUUUUUCCACAAGCUCAACCGACAAGGGAGAGAAUUUCCAGCAUGACCAUGCAGCUUUGCUCGGUAUCCUCCGGAAUGAGGGGAUCAGUGCCUCAGGUCUGGGAUCUGCAACUCCACAGUUUAACUAUCUGCCCCAGCGAGUGUCUGUUAUGAAGAGUCGACAAAAAGCUGGACCCACUACAGGAUUAAUGAAGUCGGUGCAGUUCUCCCCAGACCAAGCUGCACUGCAAAGUAUCUUGCAGAACGAGGGAGUGAAGUGUGGGGGGCCUGUGGGUGCCACACCCCGAAACGCUGUCUGUCCAUCAGGCAGAGAGACUUCCAUCUACAAAGCUCAGAGAGUGCCUGUUAGAAAGAAUCGUGCAGAGGCGACAGGAGGAUCAGCAGCAGUAGCACUCAAAGAGACUCCGCAGAAGAAAUGGACUCCACAGAGAGUCCCUAACACCAGGCAUAAGCCCAUGUCUGCUAUGAAAUGGCAUCUGCAGACACAACAGUCACCGUACAGCAGCAGUCCUGGGCUGCAGAGCUGCAAAACCAGCCUUCAGCCGUGCCAGGAGCAGGAGGUUGUCCAGAGAUUAUUUGAUGAUCAAGAGGACGAGCAGAGAACCAAUGUCAAAGAUCCAGAGACACAAGCAGAGCUGCUCCCAGUUCAAGGCACAACUUGUGAAACCAACAGUGAAGAAAAGGAAGAGACGAGCAAAGCCGACAGCGAUGAGGAGAAGGAGCAGGGGGCUGUGGGAGGACAGCCAUUCUUCCAGGCACUGCAAAGAGAGUCUGUCAUUUUUUUCUCAACUGGCAAAAAGCUGUUCAGAGCCCCACGUUUUGAGAAACCGGAGAGCUCCGCCCAUCACGAGCAUCAUGGCCCCGUACAUGAAGAGACCUCAUCCGUGUCAGAACCAACCUGUCGGAUCAAACCUUCUGUUCAAAGUCUGCACAGAGACCUCAUUGUUCACAAGACUUGUGCUCUGAAUCCUGCAGUGGCGAUGCUGCGUAAGCACCUUCCUUCUCUGGAGGAGCUACGUAUGGACGAGGAGGUGGCCACCUACACCUCAGUGUCUGCCCUGGCUGCUCCCAGGUUUCUCCCCCUUCUGCCCCGCUGUGGAAACCCCCUGGCCUCCAUUCUGCACAUGGAAGAGUCCUCUAGAUUUGUUCCAAUUGGCUGCGAGCUCUCAUCUGGCCACAGCUCUCCACUGCAGGAGAGAUAACCUGCACUACAAGUACAGUAUUUGUUUUCCUGUGGAUAAGCUUGAUCUGGUGUACUGAUGAGACUUUUUGUAAUGGAACUGAUGUUUGUCCCACUGUUGUUGCUGACCUUACAAGUCCAAAGAAUGCUGCUAGUAUAGUUUCUUUUAGAAACCCAUCAAUCCCCAUGGUCUCAUUGUUUAUGACUACUGUCUGUAGAUGCUUUCUAAAGAAAAUGGAGGUUAUUUGAGUAAUGCAUCUUUUACACUGCACACACUCAUGUUUGUGGUUUGUCAUCAAUGUAGAUGUACGCCUAUUAGAAACAAUGUUUAUGACGAGAAUAAAAAGCUAAAUGUUGGAAAAAUAAAUGUUUUAUAAAGUCAAUGCAGACUCUGGCUGUGAUCAGUGUUAUAGCUAUAGUAUACUUAUAGAUUAGGGCGGCUCGAAGCAAUGUUAUUUUCAUUAUUUUUUAACACAUCAGAUUCUUCCUGUGUAGAUUGAUUAAUGUUGUUGAUGUACAGUGUUUAUAAUAAAUUUAUAUAUGUUACUGUCA